AUGUUCUACUCCCGCGAAGUGCUCACGUCGCGCAAGUAUGGCGUAGCGACCGUCUGGCUCGUCGCCACCCUCGGCUCCAAGUCCACACUGAAGAAGGUCUCGCGCAAGGCCAUUCUCGAUGUCGACGUAUCCAAGGCGUGCGAGACGAUAGGCACUCCCGAGGCACCACUUGCGCUCCGUCUGCAGAGCAACCUGCUAUACGGGGUUACGCGCGUGUACGCGCAGCAGUGCGGAUAUGUCCUCAACGAUGUCGAGACCGCGAAGAAUAACAUGCGUCUCAUGUUCCGGGUGGUACAAGCCAGCUCUCUUGAUGCUGAAGGAGGAAACAAGGGCCGGCGAGUCUCGGACCAGCUCGUUCUGCAAGACGACCCAAACUUCCUGCCAGACUUCGAUCUGGUGCCAAUGGACCUCGAGCAGUUUGACCUCGACUUGACGGCCAUGGAGGAUUCGCAGCGGUCAACGCUCUCGCCGCAUGCCUCUCAGCGCACACAUGCCGGCAUCGAUUUGCAAGAUGACUUCGGUGGUCUGAUAAUUCCUGGGUCUGUGUCGUCUCUCGUCGGCGGCCCAGUGGGAGGCUUGCGAGGUCUGGGGAGCCUCAGUGUCCGCGAUCCUUCCAGCGCAGGCAGACGAGAUGGGGCGAGAGGGUUCCUGGACGAUGAUCUCGGCCUGGAGAUUGAUCAAGAUGGCAAUCUUCUGAUGAGCGACGGCCCAGUGCGCCAGGUACAGGGACCAAGAGUCGGCAGUGAGCGCUUAGUCGGCAGCGCAAGCUCCAGGGUCAGACAAGAAGGUGGGGAUGGCCAGCAGGGUGAGGACAACAUUGUGUUUGGUCAAUCCGAUGACGAUGGUUUCUUACCUCUCCAAGACGACGAGUCCAUGCUUAGAGCAGAAAAUGAGCCGAUUCAACCACCAGCGCAAGCACCAACCGUCCAGCACGUCACAUCAGAAGAGACGGCGGAAGCGCCACAACGCCGCCGUACUCAACCAACCCAUAAGCCUAUCCCACUCGACCACGACACAGAGGUGGGCAACCGCGAGCUAGCACGCUGGAGUGCAAACUACAUCGCCAACCAAAAUGAAGCCCUCCGCCAGAAGAAUGCUAGCAAGGCUGCUGCCAUUGCCAAGAGGAAUGCUGAGUACUGGAUCCUCGGUGGUGGAGACAGAGGACCAUUGAGCAUGUUCAGCGGCCGGCAACUUUUUGAGGCGCUGACAGGCGUACGACUCGGCGCUGCAGGAGAGAAGCGUGCGAGGGAAGACGAUGAGGAGGCGGACGGGGGCCGACGGGUACGCUCACGAGGGGAACCGUCCUCGGACGAGAUUGGUCGCGGCCAGCAGGAAGACGAUUUCAUGCCAGUGAUGGGCGACGACACAAUCGAGCUUGGUCGCGAGGCUCCAACCCCGCUUGAUGACCGUCAACUCUCCAGCAUGAUGCCGUGGAACCAGAGCGCUGGCUCACGUCGUCCGACCGCGCUGUUCAGCGGAGCCGGACAGCUGACCUCAGCAUCCAUCGGCGGGCCUGCUGGGUCACUCGCUCGUCGUGGCAGUCGCCUCACGUCUGCGUCGCCCCUCAUGGGCCGUGGGGUGGCUGGCGGAGACAUUGACGACUUCCAGCUUCCAGGAUCGCAACCCGACUUCAUGACCGGCGCAGAAGAGUUCGAGCCGUUCGGACCGGCCGCUCAAGUCGACACGCAAACGGCCGCUCAGUCGCAGUGGCAGCGUGCUGUUCUCAACGGCGAGAGCCUCCACUUCCUGGAGUUUGUGCAGAGUGGCAUCGAAGAGCUGGACCAGACUCGCGCGCAGGCGUUAGCCGGAAACGAAGAAGACGAGAGCCUCCAAGGCACGAUCGACUUCAGCCAGCUACUACCGCCAGACGAGCACACAUGCAUCGUCGCAGCGCAGGCAUUGCUUCACGUCCUGGCGCUCGGCACCAAGAAUCUGUUGUCAGUACAGCAGACUGAGGCCUUUGGGCCGAUCACCCUGGAGGCUAUCUCUAUCUGA